GCAGAUCUUGUUUUGAAAGGGAAAUGUGUACCACCACUCCAUGCCUUCCUCGUGUUGGUAAGAACAGCUGGAGUCAUGUUUGAGGGUUUAUGUUUGAUGGUGACCAUGAUCUCCUCCUGUUGUCUCUCAGGUCAGUUGGCGAAAGAGCUCAAACAGCAGGAAUGUUUACAGUACGCCGGCUUCUGCAACCUGGCUAUGGCUCACUGUGAGCAGACCCUGUUUAACGCCCCUGGGGAGGCUCUGGCGCUGACGGAAGCCGCGCGGCUGUUCCUGGAGACCGAGAGGGAGACACAGCGGCUACAGUGUCCCGGCUUCGAGGAGCAUCUGCAGGCGGCAGCCAAUUGUUACACCUUCGCCAGCAAGGUUUACAUUGAGCUGAACCAGCCGGUGAUGGCCGCCAGCCUGUACCUGGAGCUUGGCAACGCCCUGAAGGCUAUGAACAAACCGGGGGAGGCCUUCGUGUCAUACCAGCGAGCGGCCGAGCUGCAGACUCAGGUCCCCAUCGAGUGUGUCCUGUCCCUGGACAAGGUGGCCUCCUGCAAGUUACUGACCCGUGACUCUGAUGGAGCUCUGGCUGUGUUUACAGAGAUGCAGUUACUGGCUCAGGAGAAGGGGCUGCACCUGCCCGGCACCAACAUCCCUGUGGGUGAGCAACUGUCAUCGGGAGGGAGGGGGAAGGGGGAUGGAAAUGGUGAAGUCAAGGAAGGGAAGGGAAGAGUUGGAGAUGGACCAUGUGAAUGUUACAGAGACGUGGAAGGUGAAAGCAAAAUUGGUGAAUUUUUCCAGCUCACUGUGAGAGCAGGAAGCAGCCCCAACACAGUCGUCAAUGUACCUGAGGAACAGGUCAGGGAGCAGACCUUGGUAGUCCCGGAACAAAGAGUGUUACAGAUGACUAACAAACAGACAGGCGUAGCUGGGGCCCAUGCGGGUUCCCAUAGAGACACCUUUUACUUGGAGGAAGUGGUUGGAGUUGAAGGUGAAGUUGUUCAAUGCCAGAACAAGUUUAGCCAAGCAGAGGAGGGUGAUGGUGGAUGA